AGAGCGUGCAGACGGAAGGUAAAAGAGCUCUCGCGAGCGAAUUUAAAAUGCAGGUUUUACAAAGAUUGAGUGCGGAUUCAGAGCCGAAAAUAAACGCGUGAAGAACAAAUAGGACGGGUGGGUGGAUUGAGAGGCUUCAUAAACUCACGGUGGCGGCCCCAAAACCUCAAUAAGAAGCCAUCGGUCCCGCGUUUCACGAAGCGGGACGAUAACUGAGGCUUUUCUCCGGAAAUAGGCCAGAGAGAAUUAAAGGGGAGGAUUCGCAGACGGGAACCUCAAACCAAACAUCACAUCAAGAUCUGACAGAAUCACUCGAUUCAUCAGGACCUGAAUAUCAUUGGCCUUUGAAUGUGGAAGGAGAAAUGUUUGUCUGUUCUGUCUGUGGGAAAAGAUUUCAAACAUCAGUGAGUCUGGAAAAGCACCGAGACACACACACACCCGAGUGAGAGUGUUCCAGUGAACUGACUGUGGAAAGAGCUUUAACCAGUUACACAACCUGAAAUAACAUUGCACCAUUCACAAUAGGGAGAAACUACACGUGUUCUCUGUGUGGACGAGGCUUCAACUGAUCAUCCAACCUGGAGAGACACAGGGAUACCCAUACCAUGGAGAAACCGUGGAAAUGUGAGGAGUGUGAGAAAGGAUUCGAUUACCCAUCCCAGCUGGAAAAACAUCGACGCAGUCACACUGGGGAGAGGCCGUUCACUUGCUCUCGGUGUGGGAAGGGAUUCACUCAGUUAUCCCACUUGCUGAGACACCAGCGAGUUCAUGUUGAAGGUCGGCCAUUCACCUGCCCGAAAUGUGGGAAGGGAUUCACUCACUUAUCCCAACUACUGACACACCAGCGAAUUCACACUGGGGAGAGGCCAUUUACCUGCUCCGAGUGUGGAAAGGGAUUCACUACAUCAUCCGACCUGCUGACACACCAGCGAGUUCACACUGGGGAGAGACCAUUUACCUGCUCCGACUGUGGGAAGGGAUUCAUUCGGUCAGCCCACCUGCUAACACACCAGCGGGUUCACACUGGGGAGAGGCCGUUCACCUGCUCUAUAUGUGAGAAAGGAUUCACUCGAUCCUUUGACCUCCUGAAGCACCAGCGAAUUCACACUGAGGAGAGACCAUUCAGCUGUACUUCCUGUGGAAAGAGUUUCAGGUCUUCAUUCCAUCUCACUGUACACCAGCGAAUUCACACUGAGGAGAGGCCGUUCAGUUGUACUUCCUGUGGAAAGAGAUUCAGGUCUUCAUUCAACCUCACUGUACACCAGCGAAUUCACACUGGAGAGAGGCCGUUCAUCUGCUCUAAUUGUGGGAAGGGGUUCAAUCAAGCAGUUAGUCUACUGAGACACCAGCGAGUUCACACUGGAGAGAGGCCGUUCACCUGCUCUGAGUGUGGGAAAGGAUUCACUGGGUCCUCUGACUUGCUGAAGCACCAGCGAAUUCACACUGAGGAGAGGCCGUUCAGCUGUACUUCCUGUGGAAAGAGAUUCAGGUCUUCAUUCAGCCUCAUUGUACACCAGCGACUUCACACUGGAGAGAGGCCAUUCAUCUGCUCCAAAUGUGGGAAGGGAUUCACUCAGUCAUCUCACUUACUGACACACCAGCGAGUUCACACUGGGGAGAGGCCAUUCAUCUGCUCCAAAUGUGGGAAGGGAUUCACUCAGUCACCACAUCUGCGUAGACACCAGCGAGUUCACAAGUGA